AUGAAAAUUAUAAUUGGCGUGCAUGAAAUAUUAUCACAAGAAGCAAUAAAAUACCUUGGAGUCAUGAUCGAUGCAAGACUGAGCUUCAAACAGCACCUUAGAGCAGGCGAAAGAAGGCGUCUUUUGUCUACGGUCACGGACUCUAUUAUAUUUUAUGCCACUAUAUGGGCAGCAGCAAAAAAGCAUCAGAUACGUUUGGUAGCACAAAUACACAGACGCAGUGCGUUACGUUUUGCCUGCGCUUAUAGAACAGUCUCUGAUGAUGCAAUCUGCGUCAUUGCUGGAAAACUGCCGGUUGACAUACAUGCAAAAGAGUUAAGCCGUCUUUAUGACAGGCAAGGCAUAGCACCUACGAUAGAUCAAAAAUCUGCCGAACUCGUAUAUUCAUUUAGAGAAUGGCAGCAGAGAUGGCAGCAGUCCUCUAAGGGACGUUGGACAUAUACAAUUAUACCCAACAGUAAGGAAUCUCCUUGCAGCAUUGUACAUGAAAUGUGCUCAAGUAGCUUUAAAUGGAAGGCAGUUAAAACAUUCGCAAUCCAAAUUAUGCGACGUUUGCGACUUCAGGAAGAGGAAAGAAGAACAGCUGCAGUGAUACAUGUGCAACGAUAA